AAUUGUUUAAUUAAAUCUUAUACUUGAAUAAAGUUGACAGCAAAAUGUUUUCAACAGAGUUAGUAAUAUUAUCGCUAAUCUCGGUAUUCUCGGCUAUUAAUUGUGACCCUAAACACAAUGAUCUAAUUAGCAUUAAUAAUAAGCUGGCACUGGAUUUAUUAAAUACCUUUCCCUCGGACGGCAAUAACUUUUUCUCGCCUUUAAGUAUAACGACUUCCAUUCUUAUGGUACUAAACGGUGCCAAUGGUGUGACUGAACAGGAAUUGAGACAACUUUGUAGUAUUGGUGACAAUGCCCAAAAUGCAAACAAGGAUGUAGUGAUGAAAUUAGCGAAUCUAUUAGUUGUCAAAAAUGACUUCUCGUUGAAACUGGAUUAUAAGAAAGUGAUGACAGAAUCGUUUGUUUCGAGUCUAGAAUCGGUUGACUUUAAAGUGGAUAAACAAAAAACUAUUGACGACAUCAAUGACUGGGUUUCAAAGCAAACAAAUAACAAAAUUAAAGACUUAUUUAAGGAGCCGUUGAGUGAUGAGACGGCAAUGGUUUUGGUGAACGCUAUCUAUUUCAAAGGCGUUUGGAAAUACCUUUUCGAUAGGAAGGACACAAAGAAGGCUCAGUUUCACGACAUGGGCAAGGAGGACACCAUUGAUGUCAAUAUGAUGUCCAUGAAGAGAAAGUUUUCCGUCAAAUAUGUCCGAGAAUUGGACGCAAAUAUGUUUGAAAUGCCAUUCAUUGGCGACCUCUCCAUGUUUAUUCUUUUGCCAAAUGAAUUGAAUGGUUUGGAUUCAAUGACAAAGAAGUUAAGCCUUAAGACACUCAAUCAAACCGUACACACAAUCACUAAACGAAAAGGAUUUACAAAUACUUUAAUGUUUCCGAAGUUUAAGUUAGAAACAGAGUACGAUUUGAAGGACUCGUUCAAUAGUUUGGGAGUGAAGUCAAUGUUUGAGGAUUUGGCCGAUUUUUCGCGGAUUAAUGGAAAUACAGACUUAAAGGUGUCUAAAGCCAUACAUAAGGCGUAUAUAGAGGUGAACGAAGAGGGGGCGGAGGCGGCCGCCGUUUCUAAGUAUGUAUUCGUGACGCGAACCUACCGUCAGGACCUCAUAGCUGUGGACCGACCCUUCCUCUUCACUAUCAUCGACAAGACCUCGGGUCUCAUCUGGUUUUUGGGACAAAUCCGGACACUCUCUUAGACACGAAUAUUCUUAGACACGAAUAUUCUGCUACUUAUUAUCAUUGUAUUCGUUGUCUAAUAACUGUUUCUCACAUUUUAUACUGUAUUAAGAAUUUUACAUUUUAUUACUUAAUGUAUUUCUUGAUGUAUAUGUGACAUGUGUUUUCCAU